AUGACGGUUCUGGUGCUGCUGUCACUGGUGGCGCUUGUGGGCAAGCAUGGGGCGCACGGCGCGCCGCUGCAUGGCGCCCCCGAGGCCAAGACUGUGCGUGACGUCUAUGCGCUCAUGUACCGCGAGCAGAAGCGCACCGGCGGCGCAUACCUUCUGCUCAACUCCACUGGUGGCAUUGGCAGCCAGGGACCGCCGGAGGGCCAGCGGGAUGCUGACGGGGCACUUAUCCACCUGCGGCACCUGCCCAACGCAUCAAAGGGCCCCACCGGCGCCGCCAGCCUCAUGGUGCUCGUCCCAGUGGCCGAGUCGGACGCGUUUUUGCGGCGCUUGCUGGCGGAGCCGGCCCUGUUGGCGCGGGUGGCGGGGGUGCUUAUAGAUGACACGGAGCCACCCGCCAGCUACACAUCGCUCCCGGCCUUCCCGGGCGUCGCUUUCGCCCCUUAUCCCGCCGGCGGCCACGCCUGGAACCCCGUGGCCACGCCUGACGCGCCGGGCAGCGGGCAGCUGCGGUGGCCAGUGCCUGUGAUGCUGCUGUCAGAGGGGAUGGCGCGCGACGCCAGGGAGAGGGCCGACUACAACAAGGAGCGGGUGGUCAAUGUGCAGGGCCACCAGGGCCGAGCCUACCAUGCGCGCAUCUCCCUGCCGAUGUCGGCCUCCGGCGACGCUGACUCAGCAUCCGCCCUGAAGGCCGCGACCUGCGCGCCGCUCGGAGGCUUCAGCGUCUGGGCGGCGCUGCCACCCAUCCCCGCGGGCGCCAACGUUACCAAGUCCACCCUGCUAGUGGUGGCCCAGGGCGCGACCGCGCCGCUGUCCGGCCUGGUGGCGCUGCUCGCCGCCGCGUCCGUCCUCGGCGCCGCGCCCGCACCCGGCCUCGAGGGCGCCGCGCAGAACGGUGCCGCGGGCCUGGCGGCUUCUUACAGCCGCCAGAUCGUGUUUUUGGCGCUGGCCGGGGAGCCCUGGGGCUACAUGGGCAGCAAAGCAUUUCUAUGGGAGCUGCAGAGGGGGGGUGUCACCGUGGAGGGGCUCGAUCUGGCGCUGGUGGACCAGGUCCUGGAAAUCGGACCAAUAGGCCAGGCAGCAAUCACCGGAUCGCCGGCGACAGCGGCGUUUUACGCGCACACCCAGCCGGGCGCGGCGUUUGGCAACGCGGGCCCCGUGGUGGACGCGCUGCAGGCAGCUGCCGGGCAGCUGCCGGAGGGGCUCAAGGCGUCUGUGUCUCCAGCCAGCAGCAGCAACCCCGGCAUCCCUCCGUCCUCCCUGAUGUCGUUCCUGAGGGUCAAGCCCCAGAUCGCCGGCGUCGUGUUGACCGAGUUUGACCGGGCGUACCGCAACCCCUACCAAGGCAGCCGCUUCGACAAGGGCGAUAGGGUGGACGGCGGCGCGAUCGCACGCGCGGCGGGGGUCGUGGCGGCGGCCGCGCACGCCCUCGCGGGCGGGCGGCCGGAAGACCUGCAGGCAAACGCCACGCGCCUGCUGGAGCUCGUGGCCUCGUUCUCGUCCUGCCUCAUAGCCCUCGACCCCGGCCUCUCGUGCGCCGCCGCGUCGGCGCUCAUGGCGGCGGGGUACACCGAGGUCGACGGCGUGCGCAGCUACGCGCCAAAACACUACAUCGGGGUACUGCAGGCGCGCGACGGGUCUCGUGUCAUACGGGGCAGGCUCGGCAGCCGUUGA